UCCCUGGACUUGACAAGAAUCAGCUGUACAUAGUACAUAUCGAUUGGAGGUUACAAAAAAUAAGGAAUUAUAUACAAGAAUAAAGAAAAGUGGAAAAUCAACAAAAUGUUAAUAUCUAGAGGCGCUUCAACACUUCGGAUCUUAAAAACCUUAAGUAAAAACGGUGUACACUUUAAGCAAGCCGUUAGAAACAGUGGACAUGAUUUUUAUUAUCGGUCUGCUAUUCCAGAACACAAAAAAAGUGUAAUACUUAGAGCAGAAAUUGUUCAAGGUCUUGUUUGGUGGUGGAUUUUGUGGCAUUUAUGGACUGAACCUGAUCACGUUUUUGGAGAAUUCGGAGAAUAUCCAGAUCCUAGCAAAUGGAGUGACGAGGAACUAGGUAUACCCGAAGAACUUUAAUAACAAGUGUGCUUUUAUGUAGUUAUUAUAAUUAUACAUUUAUUUAAGAAAUAAUAAAAACAGUUUUAUUGAC